UUUCAAUUUCAGUUGCUUGCGAACAUUAUUCUGCAGUUCUCAGUGGUAUAAACAUCCUGGUUCAAGACCGUGAGCAUGGUCAAAUUAGCGCUUCUUAGCUGGCUAGCGGUCGCUGCCCCUGUAUUCUCCGCACCAGCCGAUGUUCUCAGCCCUCUGGAUACGCGAGCUUGCACUACCCCAGCAAAUACCCUCAAAAACCCGGGUUUUGAGUCCAGCGCUCUCACACCAUGGGUCUUCCAACCCACAUACGUCAAACUCGGCAGCGCAACAGUCGUGAAAUCUGGCUAUAAAAGCGACCGCGCGAUCCAAGCCGCGGGAACCUCCGGACAUAACGAUCCAACCAGCUACAACAAACUCUUCCAGACUUUCAAGAUCUGCAAAGCAUCGCGCUUCCAGCUCUCAUGGUCCAUGCUCCUCCCCAAAGAUAGCGUUAAGUAUACAGCGCCUGGAAAACCAGGCUUGUAUGUCGAGGCCAAAGGUCCAGAUGGUUUGUGGUAUCAAAUGGGCUCUUUCAGCUUCGACACCAAGACUUUCAGUAGCACCAUCUUUACUCCGAGUUUCAAGGGUACGCAUAAGGUUGACCAGUGGGCAAACUUUGUGGCGGACUUUCCGAAUUCGCAGACUGGCACUUGGACGAUUUCUAUGGAGUGUCUCUUCAACUCUGAACCACCGCGCAACUGUGAUGAUAAUCCUGCGGGUGCUGUCGUCAUCUUGUCCAUGGGUUCCGCUCUCUCGUUACUCCCCGGUCUACCUGCCCCCAGCUCCAUGGCAUCCGUCCGACUGGACCAUCCUCAAGCUCGCCCGAUCGUCAAAAGACUCUUGAAGAAUGCUCGUAGUGAUGGGAAUGAGCCUGCAACGAUGCCUACUCCGCAUUCGACGACUGUCCAAAGAAUGAUGUUUCCGACUUGGUCUUGGUUGAAUCUGGUUGGUUGUGGAGUCGGUCGAUUUGCGAUUGUUACUGGUAGUGGCUCAGGCAUUGGCCACGCACUCGUUCAUCUAUUCCUCAACGCAGGAUGUUGGGUCGCUGUAGCAAACCAACACACAGAGGUUCAGGGUAACCUUUUAUUUGUGGCCAGUAUGGGAGGUUACAUGCAUUCUAUGCAAACGCCUUUGUAUUUUGCAAACAAAGCUGCUCUUGUCAGUAUGGUCAAGCCUCUCAGUGGCUUGAAGCGGGCUCUCGGUGUCCGCAACGGAGCCAUUUGCCCUGGCCCAGCUCAUACACCAAUCUUUGAGCAAGAAUACUGCCGCGACAGACUCCAACGCGGCGACGUUGCUUUGGAGCUAGAACAUGUUGCUGAGCUGACCCUCAAGGUGUUCCAAGAACCUCAGUACGGUGACGGAAAUAUUGUGGAAAUUGUGAUGAUUGGUUCCAAGGAAGAGCAGUCUGUCCAUGUCCGCGAAGUCGGUUUGAAGGCUUGUAUCCCCACUGUCGGGCCUUUGGAUGUGGGAACACGGGCUAUGGCGGAAGAAAUUGAAGUUCUUCGAGAAGGUGAAGGAGAAGGGCAUGCGUUCUUCAUCUCAGAUAUAAAAUACCUCUGA